AAGGUACAAGAGUGAGUAGAGAAUUAAUUAAUUGAUUAACUCGCAAGCAAACAUUAUUAUGCCUCGUCACAUACAGUGACAAAGAGAGAAGGUCCCGUCCCCUUCUUCAUCAAUUGAAAACGAUACUUGUUCUAAAUUAUUGGAGAUUGUUUUAUUAGUUUCAAUUUCACGAUGAUCACAACAACCACUUUGAUCAAUCUGAAGAACCAAGUGUUACUUGUUCUUUACUUAAUUAUUGUAUCUCCUCUGCACCUUCUCUUCCAUAUGCUUCUUCGUUCCAAAUGCAACUGCUUUUUUCCUUCCAAACCCAAUCCAUCCGAUCAUCAUCAUCUUCUUCCCAACACUUUUUCUCUCAACACCCCUCUUCCCCAAUGGCCUCAAGGACAGGAUUUUGCUUCUGGAAUUGUGAACCUUGGUGAAAUUGAAGUAUGCAAGAUCACAAAGUUUGAGACUGUUUGGAACAGCAAUGUGAUGGUGGAGCCGAGAAAAGCUAUUACAUUCUAUAAACCAGUGGGAAUUCCAGAUGGGUUUCAUAUCCUUGGUCACUAUUGUCAACCUAGCUACAAGCCUUUAUGGGGUUUUGUACUUGCUGCUAAACAAGUAGCAGAUUCCUCGUAUAAUAACAUUUGCAACCAGAACAAAUUACCAGCUUUAAGGAACCCGCUUGAUUUUGCUCUAGUAUGGUGUACUAAUUCAGGAAGAAAGAAAAUCGCCAUGCCGGUUGAUUCUGCUGCUUACUUUUGGCUACCUCAACCUCCUGAAGGUUACAAGGCUCUUGGCUACUUGGUUACUAACAACCGUGAGAAGCCUAAUUUAGAUGAAAUUAGUUGCGUUCGUGUUGACCUAACCGAUAAAUGUGAACCUUACCGUACAUUACUUGAUGCUGGAAAUAUAAUUCCCGAAUUUCCAUUUUGGGCUUGGAGUUUGAGACCCUGUGACCGUGGUAUGUUAGGGAAAGGGGUUUCAGUAGGGACUUUUUACUGCAGUGGUUGUUGUUGGAACAACGGAGAAGAGUUACCUGUUGUGUGUUUGAAGAAUUUGAAUCCAACGCCAUCAGCAAUGCCGUGGAUCGACCAAAUACAUGCACUUAUAGAGCAUUAUGGCCCUACUGUUUUCUUUCAUCCAGAGGAAAUUUACUUGCCUUCUUCUGUUGAUUGGUUUUUCAACAAUGGAGCCCUUUUGUACCGAAAGGGUGUUUCUGAAGGCGAGACUAUCGAUGAAGGUGGAUCAAAUUUGCCGGGUGGAGGAACAAAUGAUGGGGAAUUUUGGAUAGAUUUGCCAAAUGAUAAAAGUAGAAGGGAAUUUAUCAAACACGGGGAUUUGGAAAGUGCUAAACUUUAUGUUCAUGUGAAACCAGCAUUUGGUGGAACUUUCACAGACAUUGUAAUGUGGAUUUUUUGUCCUUUCAAUGGACCUUCUACUCUCAAAUUUGGAAUGAAAAGCAUGGCUUUUAGCAAAGUUGGUGAACAUAUAGGUGAUUGGGAGCAUUUCACACUUCGAAUAAGUAACUUCACUGGAGAACUUUGGAGUAUAUAUUACUCACAGCACAGUGGUGGUAAAUGGGUUGAUGCAUAUGAAUUAGAGUAUAUUGAUGGCAAUAAAGCUAUUGUAUAUGCAUCAAAAAAUGGACAUGCAAGUUACCCUCAUCCUGGAACCUACAUACAAGGAUCGUCAAAACUUGGAAUUGGUAUCAGGAAUGAUGCUAGACGUAGUAAUUUGCGUGUGGAUUCGAGUGUUCAUUAUGAGAUCGUUGCAGCUGCGUAUUUAGGCGAUGUUGUUAAAGAGCCUCAAUGGUUGCAGUAUAUGAGACAAUGGGGUCCUAAAAUUGUUUAUGAUUCAAAAACUGAGCUUGAUAAGAUUUUAAAUUCUCUUCCUUUAAGGCUUAGAAGUUCAUUUGGUAAUUUGUUUAGAAAGCUUCCUGUGGAACUGUAUGGUGAGGAAGGUCCUACAGGGCCUAAAGAGAAAAAUAACUGGAUUGGAGAUGAAAGAUGGUGAAUUGAUGUUAAUGCUUAAAGUAAACCACACGAAUUUAGUCAAAUAAUAAGCAAAUUCUUAGCCACAAGUGUUGUAAUUAUAUGUGUAAAUUCAUAUUCAUUGUUCAUUCAUCAUAAUAUAGUGAAAAUGUUGUGUCUGAGUA